UUCAGCUCAAAUGUCACGUCACUGCUGCUUCUUCUCAAUCCAGUUUCAUGCUGAGGACCAGCACCUGCCCUCAUCUGGAAUUUACCUUCUGGACUUUUGCAAAACCUCAUCCCGCUUCAGUUAGUAUUUCAUCUGGAGGGCAGUGCAAAUGGAGAUGUGUUUGGCGGUUUAUCGUUUUUGAAGAGGAAAAGCCCAAUUUGAACGCACAAUCUAAAGUGCCAUAUGUUUGAAGGGAUUAUAUCAAACAACUUGCAUUAUGACCGAGAUGGGAAUUUGGUGGGUUUUAUGGGUCAUGGCAUUCGCUCUCACUUCAGCCGCCCCGAAAUCACACCAGCGACUUCUGGAGGAGACAAAGGAACAAAAUGACACAUUGCAAGUUGAAAGAGAUAAUCAUGAAACUAUAUUAAGUCAGCUGCUGGGUGAUUAUGACAAAGUGAAAGCGCUUUCGGAAGGCUCUGACUGUGGCUGUAAAUGUGUUGUCAGACCUCUGAGCGCGAGCGCGUGUCAGCGGAUCCAGGACGGUCACGCGACGCCUCAGGAUUUCUAUACGGUGGAGACCAUCACAUCAGGACCCCACUGCAAAUGUCAAUGCAUUGCUCCUCCGUCGGCUCUAAACCCUUGUGAGGGUGACUUCCGUUUGAAGAAGCUGCAACAGGCUGGGAAAGAUAAUGUCAAGCUGUCAACUAUACUGGAAUUGCUGGAGGGUUCCUUCUAUGGCAUGGACCUAUUGAAAUUGCACUCAGUCACCACCAAGCUUCUUGAUCGCAUGGACACAAUAGAAAAAAUGGUCUUAAACAACCAGACCGAGGAGAAGUCGAACACAAGGAGCAACUCUCCGAGUCCACAGUCACCCACAUCCUCACCUUCAAAUCUGUCCUCUGAACAGCAGCUGAAGAGGACGAGUUUGAGGGAGCAGAAUGACGAGGCAGCUGCUUUUCGACACAUAGAGAGUAAAUACGAGGAAAAGUUUGUGGGAGAUCUUCUGAAGAGCAGUGGAUCAGACUUAAACAAGGCCGUCGCAGCUUUGCAAGAACAAGAGCGCCAAGGAAGGGAGAAGCAACCAAAAAUAAUUGUUAGGGGGAUCACAUACUAUAAAUCUGACCCAAUGGAUGAGACAGACACAGAGGAGAACUUAGAUGAUAGUCAGAGUGGUGACAGCCCAAUUGAUCUUUUUGCCGACGAGCAGCUCCUUCAUCACAAAGCACGCCACUUCAGGCCGGUUAUCAAGGCAUGGUCUGUCCGACCAAAACCCAAGAGUGAAGUUUCAAAAGGAGGAGAUGUACGUAACGGCCUUCAAACUCCAUUUACUGGACUGUUGGACUCUGCCCUGCCGAUUAAGACGCCUACUGAACCGAUAUCCGUUCAGGCUCAAACCAGUCGUUCCACCAAAGACAACUCUACAGGAGAUGAGAGAACCACACCGACACCUGCUGUGAUCGAUAUUUUGAAGCUCACCAUCCCCAAGGAACAUACCAAACCUCAAACCAUCGUCAACAAAAAGGAGGCAAGCAACGUGAAGCCCACAACUCCACAAGCUCAAAACAUGUUGGUCAGGUCAUCCAAUCUGGGCCACAUAAAAACAAAUGAGUCAGUCACAGCAGCUGCUGCUAAAGUGGUGGCUGCAGAGCCAACCGUGACAGAACAGACCAACGGGACUGCUGAAAAGGAAACAUCUGUAUCUUCUGUAAACAGAAGUGGGACUGUUACCAAAGAAAAUCUGAAAGAAGAUGCCUUUCACACUGGGAAACCUUUGUUUUAUUCUGAAAGCACACUUAGAAGAUUAACACCAUCACCAACUCCUCAUUCAAACACUUUAACAGUCACAGAAAGCUCAUUGGGAAUAACUGCUCACACAAGCACAGCUGCCACCAUUGUGACGACGCCACAUGUCACUGAAAGCAAGACAGUUACCUACUUACCUAAGAAGAGUCCUAAACAGACAUUAACCUCAGUGGCGUCUUUGAUGACAAUUACAGGAACUACCACCACAACAAUAACAGGCAAACCUGGCAAACGCAAGUAUAGCAUAAGCUGGGAUGAAGAGGAAGAGGUAGUGGGAGGGGAGCAGAGGGACCGAGAGAAAGCUGUAAAAACUGUGGUGGAACAGAACGUUGGAGAGGAACCUCAAAAGAAGUCAGGAAUAUGUAAGGACACCUUGGCCACAAUUUCAGAGCCCGUCACACACAACACAUAUGGUCGUAAUGAGGGCGCUUGGAUGAAGGAUCCGCUGGCUCAAGAUGACAAGAUCUAUGUCACAAAUUAUUACUAUGGCAACAACCUACUGGAAUUCCGCAACAUGGAUGUCUUCAAACAAGGCCGCUACACUAACUCCUACAAGUUGCCUUAUAACUGGAUCGGCACCGGCCACGUUGUCUACAACGGAGCUUUCUAUUACAACCGGGCAUUCUCUCGAGACAUUAUUAAGUACGACCUGCGGUUGCGUUACGUGGCUGCUUGGACCAUGCUGCACGAUGCAGUGUUUGAUAAUGACGACGUGUCUGCGUGGAGAUGGAGAGGAAACUCAGACAUGGAUCUGGCCGUCGAUGAGAGCGGACUUUGGGUCAUCUACCCAGCUCUAGACGAUGAAGGCUUCUUGCAGGAAGUGAUCGUCUUGAGCCGCCUGAACCCGAGUGAUCUGAGCAUGAAGCGUGAAACCACCUGGAGGACCGGGCUCCGGCGCAAUCGCUAUGGUAACUGCUUCAUCGUAUGCGGUGUUCUUUACGCGACGGAAAGCUACAAUCAGUACGACACCAAUUUGUCCUAUGCCUUCGACACCCACACCAACACUCAGGUGAUUCCUCACCUGCCUUUUAGCAACAACUAUACUUACAUCACUCAGAUCGAUUACAACCCCAAGGAGAGGGUGCUGUACGCCUGGGACAAUGGACAUCAGGUCACUUAUAAUGUUCAGUUUGCUUAUGUUGACCCACUGUAGACCCUGAUGGCAGAGCAAAUACGUUCUUUGCACAGAAUAGGAGAAACCAUUAAUGUGUUCGUGGAUUGUGGAUCAGUUCACUCAGCUUUUAUUAACUCCAUGUAGUUUAAUGUACUUAUUAAUAUACUGUUAUGUUUUCAAAGUGUAAAAAUGGACCCAUAUCUUUACGUAUAUGGCGAAAACUAAGAAAAACACGUAUAGAAUGCAGCUUUAUGCAGUUUGCAUUGACGGUCAUUUCUUUAGAUAUUGCAGCUUGCUUUUGCACUAUGAAAACGGACCUCUUUAUGUUUAUAGCUGUACCUGAAUGACAGAAUUAUGAAGUUUUGAGGUGUUGUAUUCUUAAAUCCUGUAGAAUACAUUGUAUAUACUGUAAUAUAAAAGCUAAAACCAUGUGAUUAAUGAAUGUAAAAAAUACAAUUUGUGUUUUCAUAAAUAUAUCUCAAAGUUUGUUUGAUUUUUUUUAUCACAUGCAUAUAAAAAAUAAAGUUUACAACUCAAUAAAUUCAGUAAAAGCAAGAGUAGACAGUGUUCAGGGCACAUUUUAAUUGUUUUAUUUCAUCAGUACGUUUGAUACAUUUGAUCAAAUUACAGUACUGUUUGUAAUCUUUCAAUGCAUAUUUUAUUGCAAUUUCAUUUGAAACUCUUCUAGCACCAACUAAAUUAAAAUCUCUGUCAAACUCAGAAAAAAUGGCUGCAAUAAAAUGAGUUGAAUUAAGAUUUAUGGAAUUGGUCUUCUUUUCAUAUUGAUGAUGUUGAGCGAGUGUAUUCUCAGCACAGACCGUCUCAUUGGACACUUAGAUAAGAGCAAAAUGCUACACUGUAAACCCCUUGAUCCACAGAGCUAAAUCUAGACAAACAAAACACAUCUACCAUAGUUGAAACCAAAAACAUUGUUUACCCCAGCCUUUGAAAUGACCUAUAAUUAACAUGUUACAGCGGUUCAGACCCCACAUUUAUACAAACCUUCAAUUUCAGAGAGCAAAUUCAGACUUAAGACUCUUGUCUGCGCCCUG